CUCAAAGAUGAACAGCUCCGGGAUUUACCGGAAGGUAAGGGAGGUGAUCGACGUGGAUAGCCGCUAUUAUCUUGUGGGAGCGGACUAUCCACGUUGCUGCAGGUGCUCGCAGCCGGUCUGCCCAUGGAGCUGCGACAUGCUCUCGCAGCUGGAUGUGGCACACAGGAGCCUGUUUCCCGCUGUCCUCACAACACAGCUGGCUCUGGAUAGGAAAGUGAUGACCUUCCUGAAGCCGAGGACCAGCGGGAACAGUUCCUCCUACCUCCAGUCUGCCAUAGAGGAAGGUCACAGCGAGGAGUGGGCACGGCAGACCAUCCGCUACCUGGCUGACUGCGAGCUGCACAAAAAGAUGGCUACAUUUGUCCCCACUGCAGCCAUAUACCCUCCUCCACCACCCUUCAGGCCCCUUCCACUCGCCCAGUGGUUUGAGACCGUCCACUCCAACGACAUCCUCAGCCACGUGGAGGAGAUGAAGGGUGUGAUCACUUCAACCUAUGGGAGAAUCCUGAAAAUGGACUCCACAAAGAAGGUGAGGGUUUCAACAGUAGAAAAAUAUACAAAAUUGUAUAAUUACAACCAAACAGGAAAUUGGUUUACUUCAUAGUGCUUGUGUUUGUUUUACAGGUCACCAAUAAGCUGGCUGGUGCAAUCGGGGACAGUGCCGCCUGGAUGUCGAACAUCGGCAACGAGUUUGGCCAGGUGUUGAACUCUGUGCUGACGACGGGUGAAGGUGCAGGGUUAGAGGAGUUGUGCCAGGGCGUCGUCACCCGGUAUAGGAAUGCGGGCCAACCUGAACCUGAGGCCAUCUAUGUUGAUCGGGACUGCUGCAGCCAGUCAGGUGUGUCUGCAGUGGCGAAACUCUUUCGCCCAUGGAGGUCUGCAGUGCGCCUGGAUAGCUUCCAUUUUAUGAGGCGCUUUAACUGCGGCCUCACAACCGAACACCACCCUCUCUAUGGCACUUUUUGUGCCAAGCUUUCCGCCUGCAUUUUUCUCUGGGACCAGGAGGAUGUGCAACGCCUGAAGGAGGCCAAGAGAGCGGAGUGGAAGAGCAGCCACAGCGGACAUACUCCCACUGACGACCAGCUCAUGGCCACCAUCAGCUCAGCUGAAAUGAAGAGGCACUGCAGGAGGAGGACGCGUGGAGUGGAGGAGAUGCAGAGCAGUAUUUCAGGGCUCCUGGAAUCAGUGUGGGAGCUCACAGACACCACAGGGCUGCGUCUGGUGAGCCAUGACAGCAUGCGCCACGUGUGGGAAGUACAGCAGAAGCACCUGGAGUGCCUCCAAGACCCUGCAGGUGUUGCACUCUACACAAAGGUGGGGACACUCCAGAAGGGCGGCAAGGAGCUGGACAUCCUUAGGUGUGGUAGGGGGUCCUCCUCCCUGGAGAGUUUCCACCGGCACCAGUGUGCUUUCAUUCCAGGUACAUUUGCAUGUGUUGUGAUUAUUCAAAAUAGCACAAUUACCACUGACGGGUAUUCAUAUGUAUUCACUUUACAAUAA